UUGUGACACUUCUAUAUAUAUCCCCCUUAUAUUGCACAUUUCCUCGACCACUCUAUUGAACUAAUACGAAGGGUAUUAGCAUCUCUAUUGAUCGUAUUCGUUUCAUUCAAAAAUGAUGUCUGCCAAAGAGGGCAAGUUGGGGUCUCAGCAAGCUCACAUUGAGCUCGUAAUCGAGGUUGUAUCACCCAAUAUUGGUGCUACUCAUGAUGGGCUGCAACAUUCUAAUAAUAAUGCAUUUCUACACUUCAUGAAGCAGACUCUAACCCCAACCUUAACAAAGUUCCAUGCGGGCUACUUCAGAAUAAGCCUCUCCCUUUGCAGUCAAGCCUUGCUAUGGAAAACCCUGGGGGAGCCGGCCGAUGGGAACCACUUGUUCCGCCGGGUCUUCAGGCUCAUGCCCUCCACUGCCUUCAAGAUCCUGUGGUCCUUGGCCCUACUCACGCUCGUGGCGCUCUCCGUGGUCUACCUACUCCGCUGCCUGUUCCACUUCGACAAGGUCAAGUCCGAGUUCCUGCACCACAUUGGGGUGAACUACCUCUUUGCUCCAUGGAUCUCGUGGCUCCUCCUGCUCCAGUCCUCGCCAUUCAUUGGCUCCGGGACGGAUUGCUAUACUGCCUUGUGGUGGAUCUUCAUGGUGCCAGUGAUGGUCCUUGACGUAAAGAUCUAUGGUCAGUGGUUCACCAAGGGGAAGAGGUUCCUCUCUACCGUCGCCAAUCCUAGCAGCCAGUUGUCAGUGAUCGGGAACCUGGUGGGAGCCCAGGCAGCUGCCCUGAUGGGGUGGAGGGAAAGCGCAAUAUGCAUGUUCUCUCUUGGCAUGACGCAUUACCUCGUGAUAUUCGUCACGCUGUACCAGAGGAUCUCGGGAUGCCAGUGCCUGCCAGUGAUGCUACGUCCGGUUUUCUUUCUCUUCAUUGCAGCCCCAAGCAUGGCAAGUCUGGCUUGGGACUCGAUCUCGGGAAGCUUCGACAGCUCGUCGAAAAUGCUGUUCUAUCUGUCCACGUUCCUUUUCAUGUCAUUGGUAUCGAGACCGAAUUUAUUCAAGAAGUCAAUGAGAAAGUUUGACGUGGCAUGGUGGGCUUACUCAUUCCCGUUGACCGCCCUGGCUUUGGCUUCGGUGGAGUACGCCCAAGAGGUGAAGGGAGGUGUGGCCCACGUGCUCAUGGUCUUCUUCUCCACCCUAUCAGUCCUCGUCUCCUUCCUCCUCAUGGUCUCCACAGCUCUCCACAGCAGUGCCAUGUUCGCUAUACCCUCAGCACAACAACAAGCUACUGAUAAUAAUAAUAAUAAUAAUAAUAAUAAUAAUGAUGAUGAGGAGGAGGAGGAUAUUAAUGGAAGAAGAUCAGAACCAGCAGAUGGAAUCAUCAGCUAGCUAGCACGCAUGACCCUUUGAUUGUAACUCACAUGUGCAGCAGUUCCGUUACAUUGAUUUGAUUAUAGCUCGCCCGGAUGUUCUCCGUAUGUGCGGUCGUGCUAACACUAACCUAUAAAUAUUGAACCUAUAUGCAUAUAUUAGAUAUAUGUAUAUAUGGCAUUGUAUACAAUGAUGCAAAUGAUGGGGCUUGGCCAUGGCCGGUAGCUUGUAUUCUAUUUCUUGCAUGUCCUAUGAACCCCAGUUUAUAUCGAAAUUUUCCAGGCAGAGAGUGAUCGGAAUGGAUCAUUGUCAUGUUC